UUACUUCCGGGUGUAUACACGUGAAAGUGCUUUUGGGAUUUGCAAGUUUAUUUGAGUUUUGUUGAAGGUAUGGAGGCCGAAGAUGGAGGAGAAGUUUUGAGCAGUGAUGAUGAGACUAUUCUGGAUGAAAGAAAACACAAUCAACUUCUAGAUGCCAUCACUUCCAUUGAUGGGAAGAAAAAAAACCGACUGUCGCAAAGAACUGUCAUCAGUAACCAGAUUUCAGAAUUCAACUUCACAUCCAGUAAAGAUGACAGUAGCAAGGUGCGGCUUCACGAGCUGGUUGGCUCUCUGAAGGAGACCGGUUCCCAUGACAACCUUAAGAAGCAACUGUCUACGGUCCAGCGACACAACAAAACUGUAGCCACACCCCUCCCCAGGCAUGAGAAAGAGAAGAUAAAUAGAACAGCUGCCUAUGAAGCUACCACACAGGAGGUGUCAAAGUGGGACCCCCUUGUUCGGGAAAACAGAAAGGCUGACCAGCUGUACUUCCCUCUCCAGAAGCAGGACUUCUCAGUGGUCACAACUGAUCAGCUCGUCAAACGCUUUCAACCGCGUACACCCCUGGAGAUGCAGGUUGCAGCAUUACUGCGAGGCAGUGAGAAUGUUGUACAGGAUGCGGAGCAGUGUGAGCUCACACCAGCUGAACAGAGGGCGCUCCGGGCCAUGGACUUGCAGGAGGCAAAGGAGCGGAGAAUGGAGCUGAUGAAGCACCGAGCUCUCAUGUCCUACAAGGAACUCAGGGCAAAACGGCAGAAGAAAAUAAAGAGUAAAAGGUUCCAUCGAAUCCUGAAAAAAGAGAAGCUAAAAACUGAGAAGAAGUUGCUGGAGACAUUACAACAAGAUGACCCUGAGAGUUUCCUGGAAAAGAUUAACCAGUUUGAAAAGGAGAGAGCGGAGGAACGCAUGUCCCUCAAGCACAGGGGAGGCACAAAGUUUGCCAAGAGACAGAUGAUCUAUGCCAAGUUUGAUGACAGGGCCAGACAAGAGGUGCAGAACAUGCUUCAGAAGAGCAGAGAAAUCACUCAGAAACUCAAAUCUGCCGAGUCCAGUGAUGACUCUGCUGAUGAAAUAGAUGACAACUUGGCCAACCAAACAGGAGGAGAUGCACACUACUCAGCCCCAGGGAGCAGAGAGGCGAGCAACCCCUGGAUGGUUAAACCCACAGUUACAAUAAAACUCAAGUCUGACUACGCAAGACCUGAAACAGUGGAAAAUGAAGUAAGCCAGCAGGAUGACAUUCAUAGUGCUGAUGUUGGGGAUGACUUUGAGAGUGAAUCUAAGCUUGUAGAAGGGAAUGUUAAUGAAAUACAUGCAAGUGGUAGUGAACAUGACAUUAGUGAUGGUGAUAAUGACGAUGGUGAUGAGAGUGAAAGUGACAUGCCUAAGGAAAGUAGAAAAAGUGUUAAAAAAGCAAAUGUUGAAAUAGUGAAAGAAGGCAUAAAUAAGCACAGUUUUGAUGAUGUAAAUGAAGAUGAAGAGGACAUUUCUGAUGAUAUUGAUGAAAUAUUCAACAAGAAAAAAACAAAGACAAAAGUAGUUGAUAAGGUUAAACAAGAAGUUAGAAAGAAAACUAAAGAAAAGAAGAAGAAAAAGGAGGAUAAUAAAAAUGGUGUAACAAAACUUUCUGUAAAUAAGAGAAAAAAGGAGAAGAGAAAGAAAGAAUUGGAACGUCAGAAUAGAGAACUUAGAAAGCAAAUGGAAAGAAAAACUGAUGAAGCAAGAAAAAGGAAAGUUGGUGUUGAGAACAGCUCUGAUAUUGACAAUGAUAUUGAAGAGGACAAUGAUAGUGGAGAGGAAGUAAUAGAUGAAAAGCUAGUCAGAAAGCGGACUCUUGCAGAGAUAGAAAAUGAUUCUGAAGAUGAGAUUGAACCAGAGUAUCCUAGAAACAAACCAACUGAUGCCAAGAAAGCUAGAAGCGAGAAUAAGAAGUCUGAUAAACCUACAGAAGCCUACAUUGAUCCAAACAAACUGUUCACAAUGAGCACUAGGAUGAAACAAGUGGGAUCUGCUCCUGAUCUUAUUGAUGAUGGAGAGACAGAGCUAGAUCCAGAGGAACAACAGAGACUGACAAUAGCCCAGGCGUUCGCAGACGAUGAUGUGAUAGAUGAAUUCUCCCAGGAGAAGGAUGCUCUUGCUGAUGCAGGGAAGCCUCAGGACAUCUGUCUACAUAUGCCGGGAUGGGGGGAGUGGGGAGGUGAUGGAGUCAAGGUCAACAGGAGGAAGAGAAAAAGACUGACAAUCAAGGCCCCACCCCCUCUGCCGAGGAAGGACCAACAUCUUGGUCAUGUGAUCAUCAGUGAGAAGAAAAACGAGGCUGUGAAGAAACAUCAGGUGAGCGAGGUCCCAUUCCCCUACACGAGUGCCGAUCAGUUUGAGAAGAGCAUUCGAGCUCCCCUGGGCAAAACUUGGAAUCCCGAGAUGGUGUAUAAACAGAUGGUGAAGCCCAAGGUUGUUACCCAAAUGGGGAAGAUCAUCUCCCCAAUGGACAAGUCAGAGGGUCCUGAGCUAGUCAAGCAAGUGUUUCUGGAGAGAGGCUGGCAUGAAUAUGAUGAAGACACCCAACAUGAGUCAGACUGGAAUAUCUGGUGGCGGACAUCAAGGUUUCGCCUCUCAGAUUAUGAGAACAUUUUCCCAUGGCAGAGGUUGAACCACUAUCCAAAGUCAACUGGAAUAACAAGGAAGGAUUGCCUUGUAAGACAUAUGAAACGGAUGAAAGGUGUUCAUGGGGCUGGAGUGUUCAAUUUUAGUCCACUGUCUUUCAAUUUGCCAAAUGAUUACACCAGAUAUGUUGGUGAAUAUGGGAAAAUUAAAACUAAGAUGGAUACUAAGAUGUUUGCAUGGAUUUGUAAACCAGCAGAUAUGUCAAGAGGCAGAGGGAUAUUUGUGUUUAAGGAUAUAUCUGAGCUACAGUAUGAUUGUAAUGCUGUUGUGCAACAAUAUAUUGCAAAUCCCUUGCUGAUUGGUGGAUAUAAGUUUGACAUCAGGUUGUAUGUUGCUGUUCCAUCAUUCCAUCCAUUAACUGUGUAUGUCUUUCAAGAAGGGAUUGUGAGAUUUAGUACGGAGAAGUACGAUAUGUCAGCUUUAAAUAAUAUUUUCUCCCAUUUGACCAAUACAUCAAUUAACAAACACGGUCCCAACUAUCAAGCAGACAAGGAGCGAGUUGGGCCUGGCUGUAAGUGGACAUUGACACAAUUACGAUAUUACCUUCAUCAGAACAACAUUGAUGACAGAAUGAUCUGGGCAAGAGUUAUCAACAUUAUAAUUCUUACGCUGCUCAUCCAGGCGCCCCAAGUUCCAAAGGAGAGGAACUGUUAUGAGUUGUAUGGGUUUGACAUUCUGAUAGAUGAUAACCUGAAACCUUGGCUGCUUGAGGUGAACUUCAGUCCUGCAUUGAACACAGACACACAGAUUGAUGUUCAGGUGAAGAAACCAAUGCUUCAUGAUCUAAUGGACAUGCUGAAUUUCCGGGACAAUGACGCUGACAGGGGAGGCGUAAACAAGAGAAUGAACACCGGUCGCAUGACAGCGAGGGCUAGAAUGUCCGCAAACAAUUCAAAAACAGAACAGAUUGAGAGAAACCUGUCCUCAAGUCGUCUGAGCCAAAUAGGAGGUAUACAAAGGAUGAAUUCAACGAUAUCCACACUGAUGAAAAGCAUUGAGCCACCCAUGCUGGAACAAACUCUGUCAUUUAUCCAACAGGACAAUCCUUCAUUACCUGGGAACAAUGAGAAGCUUUGUUUUGGUCUACCAUUAGUGAACCCCUCAGACGAUGAACAGAAUGAUAGUGACUUUGGCGGUUCAAGAAGAUCAAGUAUUAAAAGUGACAUUUUUGAGCCCAUUGUUCAAGAAAUGCUGACAAGGAAAUCUGGGAGGUUCACACCUUGUAAUGCCACUAACACAGUGUCUGUUCAGGGUAGGCCAAAAUUUGAGAAAAUUUUUGGGUCAUUUGACAGAAGUGGAACAAUGUCAUCUAUUGUACAGAAACCGGAAUCUGUAAGGUCAAGCCUAAGAGGGGAAAGAACCUCAUUGAAGAGUUUCAGCAAUUCUGAUAGUGCAUACUCAAGUUUUUCUGAUAAUUCUGAGAAGAUGACUUUAACUAGCACAACAAGCAUAAACAAGACACUUAUUCAAAGGAGACAGAGUUAUUCAUUGCAGUCUGAAGUGUUGACAGAAACACCAAAGGAGGAAGGCAGCAUACAGAUAAAAUCCCUAAGACCAACACAAAAUUCCAAUUCUCUGAGGAAAGUGUCAAAUAGAGGGAAGACGACUCCUGUCAUUGCCUCAUUCAGAAGCCAGACUCAAGUGAAAGGUCCCCAGAUAGAAAAAGGCACUCAGAGAAAUCAGACAUUUGAUAGAGCACCUUCAAGAGUGUUUCACCCACGAACGAAGGCUGGAAACACAUCAUCAAGAAGUGAGAUGGACGUGAAUCAUAGAAACAGAUCUCAGACUGUUAUGUCAAAUAAGUCUCCAGUGUCACGUCUAUCUAAAGACAAAGAGCUCAUCAACCUAGGCCUAUCAGGCAUUUCUAAAAAGCCAACUCUGAGUGUGAAGUCAAAACAAAGAUCUAAGUCAAUAUCGGUGCAUAGUAAACCCAAAGGUCCUCCGCCCAAAAUUGGAGAGUUUUUUCUAGUCUUUCCUUUCAAUGAAGGAACUAACAAAGCUGCCAAUGGGACUCUAGAUGCCCAUGUUGUGGUCAAAGAGAGUCAGAAAUGGGUGAAGGAUUUCAAGACGUUCAUCGACAAGGGUACCGCAGAGUGCAAUGUGGGAGGUCUUCUGCCGUUUGGGGCGCUGGUGGACGGGGAAAGACUCUGGGGACCAAUUAAAGCACCUACUGAGGAGUCUUGACGUGAUAUCAGGUGCUAGCUUCUGUAUAGAGGGUAAUUCAAGAUGCUGGUCAGUACUUAACGAAGUCUGCAAUACAGUCUGCUUCAGAAGAACCAUGCCUUGAGUGAGGAAUAUGCAUCAACACCUUUUGAGAGGGUCACUUUUAGUGUCCAUAUUUUAAUUGCAGAAUAUAGAAUAAGCAUAAAUCUUUCUUCAAAUGAAAUACCGUAAGUCAGUAAAGGAAAAUGUUGAAUUUAAGGAAAAGGUAAAAUUUUAACUUAAGAUGCUUCUGUAAUAUGGGCCCUGUUCCAUAGUUAUGGGAUAAUUCAACACUUCCCGUUUUCUAGCAGCUCUAGUAUUAUUCCUAAAAUAUCGGUAUGUUUUGAAGCUUUGCUAACUUUUCUGAACUAUCUAUCAACAAUCCUAAAAAUUCUUUCUUUUUUCAUUGAAAUUCCUAAUGUUUUUAUUUCUUUCAAUGCACAUACUUGUACAUUUAGGAGUACUUUCCUUGUAUAUAUAUUCCAGCUGUAACAAUAUUUUUUCUAGUGUUGUUUUUCAAACAGAAAGGCUUUGCAUAAAAUUUACCAAUACUUAGUUUGAUAUUCCAGUAGACAGCCAAGAAAUAAAAAUUAAAAAGGGUUUAUAUACAUGCAGUUUUGUACAAUUUACAGUUUAUUGGAAUUUACCAAAUGUUGGCAAUCAGAAUGCUUAAAAAUGGUUAUUUUAUUAGGGAUUAUUUAUAAGGGACUCAUGUUUUGGACAGUUUUUUCUUCUUCAUGGUAAUGCAUCUAAAAACACUAAUAUCAUAAAAAAAAUCUCUUGAUACCGAUAUUGAAGUAAAAAAUACCACGUGAACCAUACAUUCAAGCCUUGUGUUGAAUCGCGUUGCUAACACGAUUCAAAAUUAAGAACUUCAAAUACAAUAAUUGAGCAUGUAUCAACAUUUCUUAAAGGGUUAGAGCCGUUAGUAUCUUAGUACAGUAUUAACAUUCCUAAUGAUUUGCCACAUUUUAUAUCAUGAUAAUAAAAAGAUCGCGUUUUACAAAACAUGAGCAUGUUAUCUUCAAAACAUUUCUACAGGAGAUGUACCCUCUCCUGCUCCCACCACAUACAAACAAUGUUGAGACAAAAUUGUUUAAAAACCUUCGAAUGUAGAGGGUCCACUCACAUGCAAACCAAAAUGUUUCCCAUUCGCCCGCGAGAUGUUAGUAGUUCCUGGAACAUCCCUAUCUGGUCUAUUAGAAAGUUAAGCCUAAAGGAUUCUGAUAUUUAAGCAAUAGAAUCAGUUUUGAACCCAUAUAUUCUCAGCCUGCUAUUUGUAAAUCUUUCUUUUUUAAACUGCUUAAUACAGUUUUAUAUGUUUUAUAGUAAUAAGCUGAGAUUGAUUUAAAUAAAUAAAAACACCCUAUCCCUGGAGUUUUUAAUAGAUGGCAUUUUAAUUAAACUUAAUCCUGUUAAGAUUGCUUUGAAUUUAUGUUAAAUUUUUUAUUCUAUUUGAUUACAAGUUUACUUGAAAAUCUAUGGCUCAUGUACACGUGUUUGUUAACCAGGUUUUCACAAAGUGAAACCUGGUUAUUAGAAUGAGGUACGUCGUUGUUCGAGCAGGCCCUUAGAAGGGCAGCGUCAAACUCACCUAUGGUAUCGUAGAAUUUUAGUUAAGUUUGACAUAUGCUGACCAUUUUUUUUAUACAGGAAAAGUUUAGGGAGACCUUUCAUGGGAUUGCUUUUUGCAGCCCCAAGGGUCAAGGUCACUGUUACAAAAAAUAGAAAAAUGGUUUGGUACUGAAUAACUAUGAAUAUCUUUUAUAGGAAUGUGUUUGGGGUCCAUAGGGUCAAGGUCAAGGUCAAAGGUAUUAAACAAGAAAAACGAUGGAAACUGAUUUACUUUAGUUUGGGUUGACAUAUUGUGACCAAACUUGGUAUGUAGGAAGAGUUUAUGGAGGACUUUCAUUGGAUUACAUUAAGGGCCCCUAGGGUCAAGGUCACUGUUACUAAAUAUAGAAAAACAGUUGGAACUGAAUCUCACAAAGAGUUCUUGAGUCAAUUGUUUAUAACCUGGUUUUGUUGCAUUGCAGUGUUUCUUGUUGUUAUUAGAAUAGUGUUACUUUGGUGCUUAAGAAUGGAUUAUAUUUCCUUAGCAUUUCAUAAUUGUUUUCAAAAAUAUACAGAAAAUAUUGUAAAUGCUGUGAACGUUAUCUCUGAUGGUGUUUCUAUCAGUGUUCUGUCAAAUCUUAAGCAUUCAAAGUGCUAAUUACCAUGAUAUGAAAAUUGUCUCUAUUUUUUCUUGAAUAUUUAUGUAACAACUUACUGUUAUACUUACAUGAGGCAUAACAAAAUUAAUGUUGUGGUUCUGUUAACCUAACCAAAUCUUUCUGUACAAUCUGUGUAAAGCUUGCUUGGAUGAAUGCAAAAUAUAAUUAAAAAAACAAGGAAUUAUUUCCAAAAUAACGUGCUUUCCCGACCUUUUCAUAGUCGGAUACCCCUGUCUCACUACUAUGCUAUGCUUUGUUGUGUACUGUGGGGGAUUGGGUUAGGAAAAUCUCGUAAUCAUGAAUAAUUAAUGAGGCAGUUUCAUUGGUACGGCAAGGUACCAAAUGCGGAAAUAUGCACAGAAACUAAACUAAUGUCUUCUAGUAGAAAAAGUAUUUGGGCGAAAGUUGGAGGUGAAGCUGGUUUAGCCUUUUCACUACAGUAUUUUGACAGCAAUCUAGACCACUCGCUUGCAGAGGCUACUAACACACCUGUGUUAUUGAAGAGUAUAUAAUUAUAUCAAGCAAAGUUCAUUGAAGAAGAGUUGCCUCCCCCUGCCUCAUGUAUAUUCAUUAAAAUGAGAUAUUGUCAGUCAAUUGUCCCACCGUAUUUAUGAAGUGUAUAAAGUACCAUGGUUGCCAACGCUGCAACCUACUUUGCCUGUUUUUUUAACAGCAUGUAACACGGAACCACAACAUGAUUUUUGUUUGGCCUAAUGAUUUUGUACUGUGAUAGAAAGUUUCCUGUGAUAAUGUUAUGCCAUAUUUGUUGUUGUAGUAUUUGGAUUUCAUUCUAUGAAUUUUAUCAUAUGUAUAAAAGUCAAUAUAUUAUUUAUAUUUUUAUUUAUUUUAGAUAAAAUUUUCAUUUGUUGUUAAUUUGUGUGUUGGCUUUUGAAAGAGAAUUACAAUGUUACAAAAUCAUCCAUAUCCCAUAUUGUUUCAGCAGUGGUCAGAAUUAGCACAAGCUUUAUGCCAAGCAAUAGUAUAAGAAUUCGGGCUUGUUCAUCCAAAAGUCUCAUUUUUAUGACUAUUUCAGUAGAUUUGUUAUUAUUUAAACAGAUUUGUUUUGCAAUUAUUUGAACUUUGUAAAAUCAUAGUGUUUCUUUUCCAUUUGUGUCUGAACUUUAUAUUGUUAGAAAUUAUGAUGUCUUUACAAGUAAAAAUUAAAAGACUAAUUGUACAAGAAAUUGGAAUCCAUAUUGCGGACAAAGUGCAUGACUGUUGUAAAGCCUACAAUUUCUAUGUUGAAUUACAACUUUCUUGCUCUAAGCCCGCACUUUCUGUGCUUGUUUGAUAUAGAGUGAAGUAAAAAUGCAGAUUGAAAUUUAAUAUCUCUCGAGAUUACAAGGACUAAAAAAUGUUUUUAUAAUUUUCAUUUGCUUAAAAAAUGGUCAACAUUCCAUACUGUAUGCCGUAUUGUAAUUGUGUUUGUUUUCAAGUGACCUUUAACUUUGACAUAAUUUUUUCAAACAAUAUUUACAUAUUAUAUUGCUUUAAAUAGUGAAAAAAAUGUCAGUGAUUGAAAAUAUUUUUUUAAACUAUUUGUUGAUAGCAGAUUAAUGACAGAACUCUGUCUUUUUCGAUUACAGCCUGCUCACAUGGAUGGAUGGCUCAAACAAGCCAAUACCUCUAGGGCCCAUUUUAUCAUAAAACAACUCUUCUUAGUCACAGUGUCAUAUUUUUGGUAUAAUGCUAUGUAUUUGUAAAAUCUAAAAUUUAUAGCCAGUUUUCAAGUUGUAAACAAAGCGGAAAAAACAAGAACAACAAUGUUGCCAUCUGUGACAUUCCUACAGAUGUUAGAUUUUUGAAGUUUCUACUAUAUUAGAUCCUUUUACGAAAUAGGCCCCUCUCUAAUUUCCUUUUUGAGGAGAGCUUUCAGAGGAACCAGAUGAUAUUUUGAACUAGACUGAGUUUUAUUUUGAUCAUGGUUACCAUGGUGAUCAUUUUUACCAUAGUGAUCAUUGUUACCAUGGUGAUCCUUGUUACCAUAGUGACCAAACACUGUAAAGGUUCAGUAUUUGUUUUUGCAGAUUGUUUCUAUAGUUAUUAACUUCACAUAAAAUAAUAAUAAGCAGUAUAUUAAGCAUUGAGCAUGUUAAUUGAUACCUUGUUGCAGAUGUUAGCUUUAAAACUGAAAGUCUAGUUGUUGUGUUAUUUGUUACAAUCGUAAAUAAAGUCAGGAUC